CGACCUUCUAGAUAAAUACAGAUAUUUAGUAUAUAUACAAGAGGUAGCUUACAGAAUAAUACAAGUUCUCAUUCUUACAUUCUCAUUACUCAGGUCCAUAUUUUUCCGAUCCUGGUUCGAUUUUGACGCGCCUCGGAAAUCCACGGGCGGUGAAAGAGGUCGGUCGAAUUUUCGAACGCGCCUCGGAACUCCUCAGGCUCUGUUUUGGGUGUUAGCUAUUGAUUGGUUUCGAGUCUCGACAAACCCCGGAACUCCACGGGUUGUACAAAAUGUGAGUGGCAUUUUCGGACGCGUCUCAGAACGUUCGAGCCUCUGACGCUUCUUCACGGAGCACUGCGGAUACGACCCCACAUCCAUAUCCCGGUCUACCACCGCACUGGAGGCGAGGCACCAAUGUAAGCACUGAUCCCAAUCAUGAGGAGACAGCGGAACAAGCGGAACCUGGAAAGCAAUCUCCGACGGUGAGCGUGAGCAAAGCGCAAAGAAAGUGCGGGGACAGUCCCGGGCAAGGGGGCGGCAAAGCACAGCAAAGAGGUGGUGAGCUACCGCUGAUCUCGCAUUCGAGGCGAGGCGCCGACGUACGCACUGAUCCCGGCCAAGAGGAGACAGCGGCACAAGCGGAGGCUGGAGAAAGCGAUCUCUGAUGGUGAGCGCGAGUAAAGCGCAAAGAAAGCGCGGGGACGGUCCCGGGCAAAGGGGUGGCAAGGCACAACGAAGAGGCGGUGAGCUAUCACUGAGCACGGGCUACUCGUGCUUGAUGGUGGUGACAAUUGAGGCGUCCGAAGCAUAAUGCAGCUAAUAUAUACAUUUAGAAUGAAGGACGAUGUACUACGACCAUUAAAUAGCACGUCCGACGUGAGCGCGGGGCUGACGCGAUGAGCAGCGACGAUAUCAUUGAUCAGAUCUGUGCACAAGCUACGCCCACGCCCCCAUCACACAAGCCAAGCCCGGCCCGCUAAUUUUAAACUCCGACAUGGGGCACAAGCCUGGUUGACAAGCCGGUAUAAUAAGUCUCCUGGAUCUUCGGUGGCUCCACGGUGUCGACGACGAGCGUGGCGGGCCGGUUUGGGUUCGUCCAUAAGCUCACGACGCCGGACCUCAUCGCCUCGACGGUGCCGUUCGAGAACAGCGCGACGGAUGUGAUCUUCACGUGUGUGCCCGCGGCAGCUGCCAGGGCCGGCGACGUCUACGCCAACACCAUCAACGUCGGCCGGCGGACGAAGAGCUCGAGUGCGGUCCCGACGCUCAACCUGAUUCGUUUCUCCCCGCUGUCCUUCGUCAACACGCACACCAUCGCGCAAGCCGCCGCGGGGAUGAACCCCAGCGGCAACUUCGACAUCACACGCGGCUUCGUCUUCAGCGGCCAGCUGCCCGUCCCACCGCUCGCGUUCACGCUGAUCCACGAGGUCCAGCACUCGGACCCGCUCAUGAACAACCCCCAGAUCGAGCGCUUCAUCGACCAGAAGGUCGCCGGGGUGCGCGCCUAUGGGUUCAACCAAAUUCAGAACCUCGCUGCCCCGUUGAAGCCGCAGAACCCGCAGAACUACGCGUUCUUUGCGCUGUUGGCCCAGUCGAACCCCGAGUUCUUCGACUCCAAAUGCUUCAUCGGAAACCAACUCGGCACUCGCAAGCUGCUCGAAGAGGUCCCUGAGGAUUCGAACGAACUCAGUGCUCGCGCGCUGGUUGAGGAAGUCACGGACGGCGAAGACGUUCUCGAUGGUUCCGAAGAUCUCUCCGCGAGAGCAAUCAGGAAACCUAUCGGGAAGAAGCCUAUCGCCAGACCCGUCACGAAGAAGCCCAUCGUCAGGCCUGUGGGCAAGCCUGUCGUGAAACCCGUCACGAAACCGUCCACCAAGCCAGUCACCAAGCCAGUCACCAAACCGAUCACGAAGCCUCCCACCAAACCCGUCACGAAACCGCCCACAAAGCCAGUGACCAAGCCGCCCACUGCACCGGUCGCAACCAAGCCUGCGCCUCCAAAGGCCUCCGCGUCCAAAGCGGCCGCGUGCUCCGCCAGCGCGAAGGUGUGCACGGCGUGCGCGAAGAUCGCGAAGGGCAUCCCGGGCGACGUCAAGCUGAGCCACUUUGACGACGAUUUGGUGUAAACUAGGGGUCGUGGUCGUGUAUCUUUUGGCUGGAUGUAACCUUGAUCUGCUGGAAAUGAGAAGGUGAAUUCGUUGGAGUCGACGCUUGGAUGGGUGCCGGCUUGAUACCAUUCCCUGCUUGAAGCGAGCCAGAACUCCGAUUCCGCGGCAUGACUUCACGGCGGCCGUCGUGCAAAGAAGAAUACAUGUUUGGCGUAUCCAGGAAGCACGGAAAGCACAUCGAGCAUCUUCGCGCGUUGAGUACGACGAUAGAAUUCUAGUCGCGGUCGCUGGUCGUUGGUAGCAGCAGUGGCAUCGACAUGGGAGGCCAGUUGCGCGUUGUCGUUAAGUCCAAGCCUAGGGGUGUAGUAGUUGCCAGUCGAUGAAGAUAGCCACGCCUUGUCAUCGGUGGGCGAACAGAAGGGGGCCGAGCCGAUGCGACGAUGCACGGUGACGGGGGUGCGGAUCGGACGCGACGCACGUACUGGUAUGCAGGCCCUUGUUCCCCUCCGCUCUGCCUUCCAUUUCUUCAUCCAGGAUUUACGAUGCGUUGACGUCAGCCGUGAGUUCCUUGGCAUGCGUGCGAAGCUGAGAGAAAGAUUCGUAUUCAAUGGUGGAAGGCGGCGUUGCGAGGACUCAGGCGACGCGUUUGUUCAUGACGCACCGCUCGCAGUGUAGGUAUCGGAAACUUACACGGUUUCUGACAUGAUACAAAGAAUACUUCUGGCACAUCCGGGCCACUCGGUGAGGCCUCGGUAUUGACUCGGGCAUCGGGAUGCCCAGAUAAGGUGGAUUUAGAAGCCACGGCGACGCGGCUAGAAAGAUGAAGCAAAGUGGGGCGGAGGUCGGGCGAAAUGAUCGCGAUCACGUGUGGAGUCGGUGCCCUACCCUGAGCAGUCCGCGCGGCUACCAUCGGUUCCGGGCAUCUUUUUGUCUUGGGUCUCCGAACUUGUCCGAGUCCUGUGCUAUGAUGUCUUGCAGGUAGAUGGAUAAGUAAUGAUGUCUUGUAUUUAGAUGGAUUCUUGCGGCUGCAAGUUUAGUCACUUAGAGGUGCCGCUAAACAACGUGGAGCAGCAGGGAGCGGCCAGCAGAUUAUUACCGCCUGAGCGAGAAAGAUCCGAUCCGAGCCACCUCAAGCGCUUGGCUUGGUUGAUGAUAGACACAAGCGGCAGAUAUGCAACACAGGAUACUGAACGCGUUCUCGAAGCAUUCAUUCCGAACUUUCAAGAUGAUCUGCUUCUUUCUCUAGGAUAUGCUGAGAUGGCUCACGGAGGCGCACCAUCGUCGUCGUCCAUGUACAAUUCAGACUGCUUGCUACACAGCACCCAGUUCAGAUAACCCGGAGGACGCCGCUGACAGGAGACGCGGACGAUCCCGGUAGCCAAACACAAGAAAAUCGUAACUCCUUUGACACCUACUUUUUGACACUUGCAUCCGUGGAUUGACAACUGAUCGAAGAUCUCACGAAUGUGCAGUCUCUGCCAAGUCCACCCGACAACCUGGCACAUCCAGCGUCUACGCACACCCACCGAGGCCGCGACGGGCCUUGGGCCUUGGCCUCGGAGAGAACACCGCUCAGGCGUCUAUUGCUCGGCCGUUGCUCGAGUCCAGCUACCUAGCGGGCGCUGCUGAACAGAGACCAAGCUUUCCUAUCGGAAAUCGUGAUUUGGUUGUGAUACCAAGAAGGUUGUUUGUCUUCUCACAGCCGAAACGGUUCGCACAGCCGCCCAGCAGCUACCCCCAAUCUUAGUCGACGAAAUAUGAUUGGCUCCGCGAUUCGGUCAUUGUUCUGCUUCUCGUCCAUGAAUACUUGGCACUGGGCUUCAAAUACUUAUGUGAUCCUAAGAGCCAUGAGCCGCUCACCCUGGUUUCGGUUGCUUCGUCGUGUGGAGCUCGUCGAUUUCGGCCGCUGCUUCUUCUUCUUUUUCGCGCAGGGCGUGCAUACAUUAAGGAGGCGCCAGUUGUUUCUGUCUCCUCAUCGACAAUCCCUUUCCUCGGUUUCCUUUCUUUCUUUCUUCCCUUUUCCCGCCUUUCCCUCCUUCACCCCCUCAAAAUGGAGAACCAAUCCAAAGUCAGUUCCCUGUUCCGCCGGAUCCACGGAUGGUCGUGGCAAGCGUUCCCGAUCGGUAUGGGCACCGGUGCCGUCUACGUCUCGCUCUCUGGCCUCGAGGCACAGACGCCCGCGCUGGUGACUCUCCAAGUGGUCUUCUACUUCAUCAACAUGGCCCUCUUCCUGCUCAACACGAGCACCCUCCUCGCGCAAGCCAUCGUCUUUCCGAGGCAAGCAUGGAGGCUGGUGCAGGACCCAGUCAAAGGCAUCUUCGUCCCCCUCGUCGUCCUCUCGUUCGCCACUAUCAUUAUCGGGACGAUCAACUACGCGGUGCCGCCCAAACACAUCGGACCGGAGCUGAUCUAUGUGCUGUUUUGGGUGUACACGGUGUUCGCGCUGCUGACCUGCUUCCCGAUGAUGAUGAUCUGGUUCAAUAAGCCACACGAUUUGAACCACUUCACACCUGCCUAUGCGUUCUUGGUCUUCCCUCUGAUGCUGGUCGGCGUGGUUUCUUUCAACGUUCUGAACGUGAUGGCGAACGACGAUCCCCGAGCUCUGGGCGUCCUCUUUGUCGGCUAUUUCUUCCAGGGUCUCGGGUUCUUCAUGACCUUCAUCUACAUCUGCAUCUAUGUGAUCCGGGUUAUGACCACUGGGUUCUUGGACGGACAUCAGGCAAACGGUGCAUUUGUUGCCUGCGGUCCCCCUGGCUUUACUGCCCUUGCCCUGCUUAACCUCGGACGCCACGCCAAGGACCUUCUGCCCCAGUUCAAUCUCGUUUCGCCGCAAGCGGGCGAGAUCUGGUACGCCGUCAGCAUCAUGUCAGCGCUGAUGCUGUACGGGCUCGCGGUGUUCCUCUUCGUGUUUGGUGUUCUGCCGUAUUGGUUCAAAGUGCACAAACACCUGAACGAGAUCCUUGGAUGCUGGGCGCUGACCUUCCCCAACGUCGGCUGGAUCAACACCACGAAAUCGCUUGGCAAACUGUUGAACGUCCCGGGGCUGUUAACGCUGCAUGCGGUUUUGACGGUCGUGAUCGUGAUCACUUGGGCCGUGCUCAUCGUCCUGACUGCGAUCGCAUUCUGGAAGGGGCUCAUCUUCUACUCCAAACCGGAUGACGUGCUCAAGGACUCGGCCUCUACAGCCUCCACGGAGAACGAGAAGGACGAGCCGGCGCCGCCGCUCGCGAUUGACCAAGAGCGGCAUUCUCACCAGAGCGGCGCGUACAACCACGUCUGAGCGACCGGACACACCCGUGACGGACCUUUCACACACACUCCCCCUUUUUCUUACCUCCCUCUUUUUAUUGUGGCCUGGCGGAUUUACAUGUAGCACAACCUGGAGUUUUGCAUAGAGACAAUCAUAGAGACAUUCCCCACCAUCAUUUAGUAUCGCGCCAUUUACACACGUAGUUUUGUAUUUUCUAGCAGAUCGGAGAUCGGGCACUUCCGGGUCUUGCCGUUAGAAGGCAGGAUUCGAAUGUACAUGUAUGCUUUUUCCCCACUAUCAUCUUGUGCAAGGCUGUCCGAGACCUUCAAGUUCGUUCCAAGCGUG